CCUGCCCCUGUGUGUCCUCACUCAAAGACAAACUCAUCGAACUCCAGCAAAGACCAAGACUCUUCAGAGAUCUAUUUUUGAAGAACUUUUACACCAGCUUUUUCCAAUCAAACAUGGUGUCCACAGGUCUACAGAUGCUGGGCGCUGCCCUGGGCAUCAUAGGAUGGAUUGGCGCUAUCAUCGUUUGUGCUCUCCCCAUGUGGAGAGUCACUGCCUUCAUUGGGAGCAACAUUGUCACCUCACAGACGAUCUGGGAGGGCAUCUGGAUGAAUUGCGUGGUCCAAAGUACUGGUCAAAUGCAAUGUAAGGUCUAUGAUUCUAUGCUGGCCUUAAGCUCUGAUCUCCAAGCAGCUCGAGCACUUACCAUUAUCUCUAUUGUGGUUGGAAUCUUGGGCAUUCUACUUGCUGUUGCUGGGGGCCAGUGCACUAACUGUGUGGAAGACAAGCAGUCAAAAGCCAAAGUUGGCAUUGCCGCGGGGGUGGUUUUCAUCGCCGCUGGUGUCCUGUGUCUCAUUCCUGUCUGCUGGACAGCCCAUACCAUUGUCCAGGACUUCUAUAACCCCAUGCUGGUCAGCGCCCAGAAGAGGGAGCUUGGUACGAUCAUCACCUGUGCUAUGCCUAUGUGGCGCGUGACUGCUUUCGUUGGAGCUAACAUCGUAACUGCUCAGGUCAUUUGGGAAGGCUUAUGGAUGACCUGUGUAGUCCAAAGCACUGGCCAGAUGCAGUGUAAGGUGUAUGACUCACUGCUAGCGCUACCUCAGGAUCUCCAAGCAGCUCGGGCGAUGGUGAUAAUAUCAAUAAUAGUUGGGAUUUUUGGAGUGCUCAUGGCAAUAGUUGGAGGCAAGUGUACGAAUUGCAUUGAGGAGGAAGCGUCAAAGGCCAAAACGUGCAUCGUAUCUGGAGUGAUUUUUAUCAUUGCUGCUUUUCUGAUCAUUAUUCCGGUGUCCUGGUCGGCCCAUGCUGUAAUAAGGGACUUUUAUAACCCCAUCCUUACAGCGGCACAGAGGAGAGAGCUAGGAGCAUCAUUGUAUAUCGGGUGGGGUGCGGCUGGACUGCAAUUGCUUGGAGGAGGCCUACUCUGCAACAACUGCCCUCCUAAAGAUAGUCCACCCUACAUGCCUGCCAAAUUCAUCCCGGCGAGGAGCAUCUCCAACUCUAAUGCGGACUAUACUGGCACUCCUUGUUCUGGCAAACGUUUUGAAGCCUUUUACACCAUGGCAUCUGCUGGCCUCCAGAUUCUUGCUGUCUUUUUGGCUACUGUUGGCUUCAUUGGAGACAUCAUCAUCUGUGCUCUGCCCAUGUGGAAGGUAACAGCUUUCAUUGGAAACAACAUUGUCACUGCUCAGACCUUCUGGGAGGGCCUCUGGAUGAAUUGUGUCAAGCAAAGCACCGGCCAAAUGCAAUGCAAGGUCUACGACUCCAUGCUGGCUCUACCCCAAGAUCUCCAGGCUGCCCGCGCUCUGGUUGUCAUCUCCAUCCUGGUCGUGCUCCUGGGCAUGCUCCUUUCUGUCGCUGGAGGCAAGUGCACCAACUGUGUGGAGGAUGAGGCAGCCAAAAGCAAAGUGGUCAUUACUGCUGGUGUCUUCUUCAUUGUUGGCGGCAUCCUGUGUCUCAUUCCCGUCUCCUGGUCAGCCAACGAAAUCAUCCGCAACUUCUACAACCCUGUGAUGAUCGAUGCCCAGAGGAGGGAGCUGGGGGCAUCCCUGUUCAUUGGAUGGGGGUCUGCCGGGCUGCUUUUGAUUGGGGGGAGCCUUCUGUGCUGCCAGUGCAACAAAAAAAAGGACAGCAGGUACUCUGUCAAAUACUCUGCUCCUCGCUCAACAGCCAGUGCAGGUGCCUAUGUCUGAUCACCAAAGAAGUCUGCACACCAAGAACUAAACUGAACUUUUAAAUGUUUUUUAAAAAUUGUUUUAAUAAAUUAAAACUUGUCAUUUUA